AUGUUGGUGAUUGAAAUCUCAGACCUCAAGCAAGUAGCACCCAGAACGUGGCGGCAGGGCAUCGAUGUUAGUAGGCAGGAAGAGGCGGAGGGAGAACUCAGUGAAGGAGAGCACUGGUAUGGAAACUCUUCUGAGACUCCGUCAGAAGCAUCCUAUGGAGAAGUCCAGGAGAACUAUAAGCUGUCUCUGGAGGACCGGAUCCAGGAGCAGUCCACUUCCCCCGACACCUCCUUGGGAAGUGCCACUCCCAGCAGCCACACGCUGGAGCUGGUGGCACUCGAUGGUGAGGUCCUGCGAGACUCACUGCAGUGCCAAGACCACCUCUCCCCCGGAGUGUCUUCUUUGUGUGAAGAUGACCCCCCGGGUUCCAAUAAACCCCUGAGCAGCAACUUAAGGAGGCUGCUGGAGGCUGGCUCCCUCAAACUCGAAGCCACGGCCACGGCCAAUGGCCGAGUGGAGUCCCCUGUGAACAUUGGCUCGAACCUCUCCUUUUCCCCACCGUCCCAUCAUGCCCAGCAGCUCAGCGUUCUGGCCAGGAAGCUGGCUGAGAAGCAGGAGCAGAAUGACCAAUACACUCCAAGUAACCGUUUUAUAUGGAAUCAAGGUAAGUGGUUGCCAAACUCAACCACCACCUGCGGCUUGUCCCCGGAUUCAGCCAUCCUCAAGCUGAAAGCCGCAGCCAAUGCUGUUCUGCAGGACAAAUCUCUCACCAGGACGGAGGAGACCAUGCGAUUUGAGUCCUUUUCCUCCCCCUUUAGCUCCCAGUCUGCCAGUUCGACCUUGGCAGCUUUGUCCAAGAAGGUCAGUGAGAGAAGUUUGACUCCUGGUCAGGAGCACCCACCUCCGGCCAGCUCUUUCCUGUCCCUGGCUUCUAUGACCUCCUCAGCGGCCCUUCUGAAAGAGGUCGCAGCAAGGGCUGCCGGCAGCCUCCUGGCCGAGAAGUCAUCCCUGUUGCCCGAGGACCCUCUACCGCCACCGCCUUCUGAGAAGAAGCCAGAAAAAGUAACCCCGCCACCUCCACCGCCACCUCCACCACCCCUGCCGCCACCGCCACAGUCCUUGGAAUUAUUGUUACUCCCCGUUCCCAAGGGAAGAGUUUCCAAACCCUCCAGUUCAGCCUCAGAAGAGGAAAGCGGGAAGCCUUUCCAGUGUCCGAUUUGUGGUUUGGUUAUAAAAAGGAAGAGUUACUGGAAGCGGCACAUGGUGAUCCACACAGGUUUAAAAAGUCAUCAGUGUCCGCUCUGCCCAUUCCGGUGUGCUCGCAAGGACAAUCUCAAAUCCCACAUGAAGGUUCACCAACACCAGGACCGGGGAGAGACCUUUCAGUGCCAGCUAUGCCCUUUCACUUCCUCUCGCCACUUCAGCCUGAAACUCCACAUGCGCUGCCACCAGCACUUCCUGAGGACAGAGGCCAAGGUGAAGGAGGAGACCUCAGACCCAGAUGUCAAGGGAUCUCCCCACCUCAGUGACAGUGGCUGCCUGGGGCAGCAAAGGGAAGGAGGAGGGACAGAGCUAGUGGGGACCGUGAUGACGUCUAACACUCCAGAGAGGACUAGCCAGGGUGGGGCUGGCGUCUCGCCUUUGCUGGUGAAGGAGGAACCCAAGGAAGAUAACGGCCUGCCCGCCUCCUUUACCCUGAGUGCCGCCGACAGGCCCGCCAACCACACAAAGCUGAAAGACCCCUCCGAGUAUGUGGCCAACAGUGCGGCAGCAUUGUUCAGCCAGGACAUCUCUGUUAAGAUGGCGUCUGAUUUUCUCAUGAAGCUGUCAGCUGCAAAUCAGAAGGAGCCCCUGAAUCUUAACUUUAAAGUGAAAGAGGAGCCCAAGGAAGAGGAAGCCCUAAGCACGGCCUUGCCUCGGCCCAGCUAUGUGUUCAACCCAGAACCUGAAGUGGCAGCCCAGAGCAUCUCCGAGGACACGCUGAAGCCCCAGGAAGGGAAGGGGAAUGUGUUGAGGCGGGAUAUGUCAGUCAAAGCCGCGUCUGAACUUCUCAUGAAACUCUCAGCGGAAAGCUACAAGGAAACGCGGACGGUGAAGAUUAAAGAGGAACCCAUGGAGGUUGAUGUCCAGGACGCCCCCGUCUCCAUGUCACCCAGCCGGAAUGCUGGCUACAGCACUUUAAUCGGGCGAGAGAAAACCGAACCCUUACAGAAGAUGCCGGAGGGCAGGGUCCCCCCAGAGAGGAACCUCUUCAGUCAGGACAUCUCUGUGAAGAUGGCUUCCGAGCUUCUCUUUCAACUGUCGGAAAAAGUGAGCAAAGAGCACAAUCACACGAAAGAAAACACCAUCCGGACGACCACCAGCCCUUUCUUUUCAGAAGACACAUUUAGACAAUCACCAUUCACCUCCAAUUCAAAAGAUCUGCUGCCCAGUGAGUCUGUGCUUCACGGAAGAAUAUCCGCUCCAGAAACAGAAAAGAUAGUCCUGGAGGCGGGAAACGGAUUGCCAUCCUGGAAAUUCAACGACCAGCUUUUCCCCUGCGACGUGUGUGGGAAAGUGUUUGGCCGACAGCAGACCCUGUCCCGACACCUCUCGCUGCACACAGAGGAAAGAAAAUACAAAUGCCACUUGUGCCCCUAUGCUGCUAAGUGCCGUGCGAAUCUGAACCAGCACUUGACUGUCCAUUCUGUGAAGCUGGUGAGUACAGACACCGAGGACAUUGUCAGCGCCGUCACCUCUGAAGGCAGUGACGGGAAGAAACACCCUUAUUAUUACAGCUGCCACGUGUGUGGAUUUGAGACWGAGCUCAAUGUCCAGUUUGUCAGCCACAUGUCACUCCACGUGGACAAGGAGCAGUGGAUGUUUUCCAUCUGCUGCACCGCCUGCGACUUUGUCACCAUGGAGGAAGCGGAGAUCAAGGCUCACAUUGGCACCAAGCACACAGGGGAAGACAGGAAGACCCCCAGCGAAUCAAAUAGUCCCUCUUCAUCCUCCCUCUCAGCUCUGAGUGACUCGGCCAACAGCAAAGACGAUUCAGAUGGCUCCCAGAAGAACAAGGGCGGGAACAAUCUGCUGGUCAUCUCUGUCGUGCCUGGGAGCCAGCCCUCGCUGAACAGCGAGGAAAAGCCAGARAAAGGGUUCGAAUGCGUUUUUUGCAACUUUGUCUGCAAGACGAAGAACAUGUUUGAGCGCCAUUUGCAGAUACACCUCAUCACCCGGAUGUUUGAGUGUGACGUGUGCCACAAGUUCAUGAAGACCCCCGAACAGCUGCUGGAGCAUAAGAAAUGCCACACUGUCCCCACCGGUGGGCUCAAGUAAGGAAAGCAACUCAGGACAGUGGUGAGUUUCAGACUCCUCUAGGUGCCCAUUCUGCAUUUAUUCCACCAACCGCCCCGCUGCCAUGGAGU